ACACACACAAAGCUCCAACACAAAAUAAAUUGCAACACUGAUUUAUCCAUAAGCUUCAACAGAAAUGAGUGUUGCCAACAUGAACACAACAUGGAUGAAAUCUCAUUACAUGUAUAAUAUGCCUAACAGAUCCAGAUCUACACCCUCCAAGUUAACCACUUCUUGGAGAACCAAGCCCACGUCUCUCUUCUUCCCAAACUCAACAACACUAUCCAUGUCGUUCUCUUCUCUCUCGGUCUCUGCAAUUCUCACCAAACAACAGACUGUGGAGGACGAUGACACCCACAAAAAACUACAAACCCGUCUAGAAUCUUCACCAUCACCAUUCAAUUUUAAGGCCUACAUGAUUGAGAAGGCCAAUUCCGUGAACCAAGCCUUGGACGCCGCCGUUUCGCUCCGGGACCCCCAAAUGAUCCACGAAUCAAUGCGGUACUCUCUCCUCGCCGGCGGCAAGAGGGUCCGACCGGUGCUCUGCAUCGCCGCCUGCGAGAUGGUCGGCGGCCAAGAGUCCACCGCCAUGCCGGCGGCCUGCGCGGUGGAGAUGAUUCACACCAUGUCUCUGAUGCACGACGACCUCCCCUGUAUGGACAACGACGACAUCCGCCGUGGGAAGCCCACUAACCACAAGGUGUUCGGCGAAGACAUGGCGGUAUUAGCCGGGGACGCCCUCCUCGCCUUCGCAUUCGAGCACAUAGCAACGGCCACAGUGGGCGUGUCGCCGGAGAAAAUUGUCCGUGCCGUUGGUGAAUUAGCUAAAGCAAUUGGGUCUGAAGGGUUAGUUGCAGGCCAGGUGGUUGAUAUGUGUUCUGAAAGAAUAUAUGAUGUUGGAUUGGAGCAGCUUGAGUUCAUUCACGUUCACAAGACUGCAGUUUUACUGGAGGGUUCAGUGGUUCUUGGAACAAUUUUGGGAGGUGGGUCAGAUGAAGAAGUUGAGAAACUCAGAAAGUUUGCUAGGUGUAUUGGAUUGAUGUUUCAGGUUGUAGAUGACAUACUUGAUGUGACCAAGUCUUCCCAAGAAUUGGGGAAGACGGCAGGUAAAGAUUUGGUGGCUGAUAAAGUGACAUACCCAAAAUUGAUUGGUAUUGAGGAAUCUAGAAAAUUUGCUGAGAAAUUGAACAAUGAGGCCAAAGAUCAGCUUGCAUGUUUCGAUCAAGAGAAGGCGGCGCCAUUGAUUGCUCUGGCAAAUUACAUAGCUUACAGGCAAAAUUGAUUCUUGUAUUGAAUUUGAGCAAAUGAAUAAGAUAAUAGCAGAUGAGCUUGUUUGUCUGUUAGGAGAAUUACUUAUUUUGUCCUUAUAUAAUUGUUGCUCACUGCAUGAAUUCAAUUGGGUAAAUGAAAAAGAUAUUAGUAGGUGAGCUUGUAUCAGAUGUAUCUCAAUUCUUCAAUAAAUAUUUGAUUUUCGUUAAA